AUGGAGGAAAUAUUUGCCACUCAAGUACGUCCUGACGGUUCCGCCUCGUCCAUGACAUGCGAGAAUGGUGCAAAGCUACACCAACGAGUGAUGAACUGGAAUAGAACCAAGUUAUUUGAUGUAUGUGGCAAUGGACUUAUCAUCCCAAAGGGGUAUUAUGCAGUGCUCAGUGAGGAUUUAACCAGAAUUACAAUUUAUGAGCAAAGUGAAUGUGGAGAAAAACAAAGGUGCCCUGCAAAGGAUUACUAUUCUUAUGAAAUAGUUCCACUGUAUUGUCGGCAUAACAAUGAAACGUAUGAAUUUAGAGAUUACAUGUUCAGUGCACAAAAUCGAGAUAUUUCACCUCGAUGCAACGCAGGAAGUUACCUAACAAGCAGCGCAGGGAUUCCAUCUAUAUUGAAAGGAACAUUGUUUUCUGUUGCCAUAGUCAUCAUUGUCCGAAGCGUCUGAAUCAAACGGCAGUGACCCAAUAGAGAAUAUGAAGGAGCAUGUGUAUAUACAUGUGUGAUAUCCUGUCUAGGUUAUAUCGGAUGAACCCUCAGAUAUUUUUUUUCUAUCCAGUAUGUUCGCUAGAUCAUCAGAUGUGUUGAUAUGUGCCUUCCUUACUUAGCACUGCUGUAUAUACACCGUGGCUUACUAUAUCAUUUAAUUUAAAAGUCAAAUAGGCAGAUAUUCCUUAUAUAAAGUGACACCGUGUUAAUUCCUUUUUUAAAUAUUAUCGUAUCAUCAACUGUUUGUAUUGCUGGUUAGUAUCUAUCUGUUUGUUUCUAUUGAAAUUGUUGAUGAGGGGAAAAAUAAAACAGCUUUUGCUUCAACCUUUGAUAAAACAUUAAGUACAUGUAUGACAAGCCUAUUUUCGUUAUUUCUACGUAUUCACAAUUCGAUCUGUAAGAAUAUAUCAUAGUGCCUAGAUGCUGAAAUAUGAUAUGAACUCUGAUCACGCGUACAUCUAUUUCAUUAAAAGAAAAGAAACAUUGAUAAAUUAUUUGGUUCCAUGAAACGUUUGAUUGACGUGUUUUCUUAAUUUUAAACUUCAAAUGCGUAAUUAAGUAUGCAAGUUUAGAAUUCCAACUAGCAGCCAAUAUCAUUAAUGACCCAAUUCUUUAAAUUAAAUUUCGAAAACAUUGGGGCUUUUAUCAAUCACAUUAUUUUUUUUAAUUUCAUCGAAACUUUUAUAAGUAUGUUCUCUCCAUAUUACAGUAUGAACACAAACAGAUUCUUUCUGGUCGAGUAAGUUUGCAUUAUCUCAUCACCACAUUUCCCCCUAAUUCAUUUGUAAAACUUGAAACAUGGUUUUGAUUAACUUAAUAUUCAAAAUGUAAAAUACACAUACAAUACAUUAUCUCGAGAAAUACUCAUCUGUUAUAGAUCAAGAUUUCCUUUAUUAUCUGUAUCAGUACAUGUUUCUUCUUACGAUAUCAGCGUCUAAACGUCCACAAGAUAACUGUAGAAUAUUGGAUAGCAUAGGAAGAAGUGAACAUUCUCUAGAUAAUGAUGAUUAAUUAGUAGUGGGUAUCACCCUCUACAUGUUCUUCUUUUCCAAUACUAUAUAUACUAUAGUACAUAUACGAGAAGAAAGUAUAUUCAAAAGAAAAUUGCUAGGCACGUUAAACUCGUUUUUACUUUUUAAGAAUUCAUUUAUAUUGUAUUUUGCCAUUCAUACUCCUAUAUUAUGUACUUGCACAUCAAUAAACUUGAAAUAUAUUUCACUCUGGUAUUUAAUUGUAAUGUAUAGCGAAACAACUAUCUCUAUUUUUGUUUUCAUAUCACAUCUUCCUUCUGGGUAUUUGCUUAUUAAUAGAAUUGACAUUUUUAUCACAUCGGUAUUCGCUUUAUGAACAAGUGGAGGCAGCGAAUACUAAUCAAUCUCACAAAUCCUAUACAGAAUACGAAGUUAAGAAAAGCACAGACACAGCGGAACUUAACCCAACGGCUUAUCACAGCGAGCAUCAAAGCAAACCACUACUAAACAGAACAGUGACCGGGCUGAUAACCGCAAUCAUAUUAGUUGAGCUGAAAUAUACCUCGGGUCGCUCCCAGCAGGCAACAUAGUAGACAAAACCAUGCCCGGUGCCGACCCCAUCAAAGAAAUACCCGUGUUUGCCCAACAUUUUAUUUUAUAUUGCUUGUAGGAGUUAUGAAAUUCAUCACUGUUCGUUAUCUUCACCUU